AUGCGUACUUCAUUCUCUCUCCUCCUUCAUCGUCUUCAGACAUCCGUCCGUUUUCUCUCAACCUCUUCUCUCUCCUCAUCGCUUCCAUCCACCUCACAUCGUUUAUUCUCGUCCACAAUCGCCGUGUCUGCCAGAAAGAAAAUGCCUCUUCUCACCGAAUCCGAGCGAACUGAGCAGCUUUCCGGACUGAAAUCGGCAGGAUGGAAGCUGGUUGAAGGACGCGAUGCAAUUCAAAAAACAUUCAUGUUCAAAGAUUUCAACGAGGCUUUCGGAUUUAUGACUCGCGUUGGUCUGAAAGCUGAGAAAAUGGACCAUCAUCCAGAGUGGUUCAAUGUGUACAACAAGGUCGAUAUCACCCUUUCUACUCAUGACUGCGGAGGUUUGUCGCCAAACGAUGUCAAGCUCGCUAGGUUCAUCGAAUCCAUUGCAAAAAAUUGA